AUGGCCUUUGCGGCUGAUCUCAGUACGCUUACCGAUGCCUUGAUCACCUCGGUUGCUAGGAUAUCACCAGCACAGAAGGGCUCAGCGCGCACUCAGAGCUUGAAGCGUCGGGUAACAGGGGCUCUCCGAACUGGCGCGCACACCCGUACCGACCAAUUUGCCGUCGCAAAGCAACUAGAAGGUCUACAAGAGAAGUUCCAAGUCUUGAAUCGCGAUGAACUUGCGGAAGCGCUGCAAGGUCGUCUGUCAGAGCUUGAAACUCAGCGCAAUUCCUGGCUUCCAGAGAUCCUAAGCUUGCUACUUCAGCUCUCAGAUCGUCCAGCUCUAUUGUCCACGGUUCAACCUCCAGGGGAAAAUACUAAGGUACCACAAGCGAAAGAAUCUCUCUCGUGGUCAGACAUCAAAGAGGAAGGAACUGCUUUCAACGACGAGGAAAUUUGGGAAGAAGUUGACUUUGCUGCCGAUUCAUCAGACGAUGACUUUUCGUCUGUUGCUAGUGAUGCAUCCUUCCCGAGACGUAGGCCCCAGUCAUCCACCACAGUGGAAGAAGGAUAUGUGGUCCCGAAUGAUAUCUUUCUUCCAGCAGAAGACGGUGAUCUUGUUGCCUCUAUAGAGAAGGCUCAAUUCUGGAAGCCACAGAAUCAUUCUGUAGUACCACCGGGAAAAGCGAGCGCGUCACGAUCUAUCACAGAAUCUCAACUAGCCCGAGAAACCAUCUUCAUGCUUCAAGGGCUUCCUACAUCUAUAUUUCGCCAUCUUGAAGACAGAAUCAAUGUGGACCACAGAUAUACACUCGCACAUUCAUCCAACGAGGCCCUGGCGUCACUGUUGCAGUGUUUCAGUGAAAUCGGCACCAGAAUUGACGGCAUCCGGCGUUUCACCAAAAUCCCUCAAGAGAUACCGUACAUGCAGACUUUCUGCCGAGGAAUCGAACAACGGAUCCUUGAUUUCGACAAGUUUCUUUCCCACAUCCAGUGCAAAUACCUCUCGCCCGGAUCCACCAUUAGUCUUCUCCAACUCCUCGCUGAUGUUCGUGACCACUCUCAUGAACUAAAUUUACUAUCAGAUAUGAUCGGCAAACUAUGGGAUGACUCGAUCAAUCAGCCCAUGCGCUGUCUUGACUUGCUUUACGAUUUAAUAUGCAUGCUUGAAGCACUGGGCGAUGAAACUUCAUCCCAAAGCCUGAUAAAGUUGUUUUUCCAGUGUUUCAGAACCUAUACCAGGUCAACCCGACUAUGGAUGGAAACAGGCCAGGUUGAUGCUCUGGACAGCACGUUCUUCGUGCGGACUCUUCGGGAGAACGGCGACCUGCGGACUUUAUGGCAUGACUGGUUCAUGCUUGACACAGGUGACCAGGGGCAGAAGAUCCCUCAAUUCCUCGCAACCAGCGUGCAGAAAGUCUUCACGGCCGGGAAAAGCAUGGUAUUUCUACGCCACCUGAACGCCUUGCCAGAAACUGCAGAGUCCCACGAAGAUGAUUCUCCUCCAGAAUCUUCACUCCCACUUCCGUUCUCUGCAUUGGUAGAGUCCGCAUUUGAAAAGAUCGUCGAUGCAGACCAUUCGCUAAGUGCUGGCCUCUUGCGAAUGGAACUCGACCAGCAAUGCGGACUGUGGACAUCACUCGAUGCUCUCCACCACGUCUACUUUGGCAAAGACAUGAGUGCCACCAGCACCAUUGAUGCAAAAGUAUUUGAUAUCAUGGAUCGGGGUAGACCAUGGGAUAGAUUCUUGCUCACGGAAAUAGCACGAACAGCCUUCCUCCCGGUCCCGGUGAUCGAUGUAUCGAAACUCCUUGUGAAGCCAUUAAACACACGCAGCCCUGAAACACAAUCACGAUCUGUGCGACUCCUUGAGAAAAUCUCAAUCGACUACGGUCUACCAUGGCCAGUCGCAAAUAUCAUCACUGAAGAUGCACUCCACUCUUACCAGCGCAUAUCUACCUUCCUGAUGCAAAUCAGACGCGCGAAAUAUUCCAUUGUCAAACAGCGUCUCCUUGAUGCCCGCUCAAUAUCCGAAAACAGCGAAACCCUGGUGAACAUUCUCCACCAUAACAUGCUCUGGUUCUUGGAUUUCCUCUACGGCCACUUCACCUACUUGGUUAUUUCAACUUCCAGCCAAGCCCUCCACAAAUUCAUGUCAAACGCGCAGGACGUUGAUGCUAUGAUUUGCGCGCACCAAGAUUUCAUGAAGUCAGUGGAAGUGCAGUGUUUGCUAUCUCCAGAAUUGUCACAACUCCACGAAGCAAUCCUGGGUAUUUUGGAUCUCUGCGUUCAUUUCGCGGAUCUACAAAGCGCCCACUUGAUUAUUAGUGAGGAUCACGGCCUGCAUGCGCAUACAACGCCGCAUGCGAAUGUGACUGCUGAUGAUGACUUGGAUUCCGACGAGGAUGAUUACGACCAUGAUGAACAGGGCCAUGAACACACACUCACGGCCUCGUUCCUGGAUUUGAGCUACAGCCAGCAGGCGAGGAAGGUGAAAUUUAAAUUUGAUCAUCUUACGACUUUUGUCACGAAUAGCUUGAAAGGUCUGACUCGCGCGGAUGGGCCUCCUAGCUGGGAUAUUCUUGCUGAUAGACUUGAAUGGAGGCAGAGAGAACAAUGA